UCACAAUUUAUAUGAAAGGAGCAAUCAAGAUAAAAAUAUGACGUGUACGUGUAUUUAAUGAAACAGCGAGAUAAAAAUAAAAAUUGUAAGGAGAAAAAAUAAAAUAAAAUAAAUGAAAUUAUCAUUAAUUAUUUUAUUCCAGUGCAUGAUUCUGUAUCACGUGUUUGGAAGCUGCGCCGGCGUAUAUCCAGAUCAGGGGAUGAAAUUCGCCUGUAGAACACAAGGGCCGACUUCUCGUUGUAGAUAAAUAAUGAAUUAAAUGAAUGAUGAACAAUGAGUGAUCUUAUAAGAUCAAGUGCUACAAAAAUGAAAAUUCCACCGCCAUUAAAUUUAAAUACAGAAGCUACUGAUGAUGAUACAUACAAUCAAAAAACUCGCAUAUUGAAAAAUGAUUUAUUAUUGCAUGAAGCAGUUAUCAAAAAUGAACCAGAGACUGUUAGAAAAGUACUUGAAGAAACAGUCGACGUUAAUUCGCGAAACAACUAUGGCAGAGCUCCGAUUCAUUGGGCAGCCUCACGAGGAAAUACGGAGAUAAUUGAGUUAUUGAUGAAAGCUAACUGUGACAUCGAAGCACAAGAUAAAUUCGGAAUGCGACCUUUACACAUGGCUGCUUGGUAUGGCCAUCUAGAUGCUGUCAAACUGCUCGUUGAUGCCGGUGCUAAUGUCGCCGCAGUUAAUAAGAAAAAGUAUACACUAUUGAUGUGCGGAGCGAGAGGAAAUAGUAGUAUAGUAAUAGACUAUUUGAUAAAAGUAAUGGAGUUUAUAAAUGUCGAAGCAACUGACAAUACUGGCGCAACGGCACUCCAUCAUGCUGCAAUUUCUGGACACCCGGAUGUAAUAAAAGCAUUGUCAAGGAUCCCGGAAAUUAAAUUGAAUGCCACAGAUAAAAAAGGCCAAAUUCCGCUACACUGUGCUUGCGCGGAAGGACACAUGGAGGCAGUUGAAAUUUUAAUUAACUUGGGAUCUAAUUUGAAUGAUCGUGACAACGAUGGUUACAGUCCAUUACACGUUGCUACGCGAAUGAGGGACACGGGAAUCGUUCAAAUACUUUUGAAUGCUAAUGCUAAUUGUAAUAUUGUUGACGACAAUGGAUUAACGUCAUUGCACAUGGCCGCUAGUCAAGGAUGUAAAGGAAUACUUGAAUCUAUUAUUGACUAUUGUCCUGAUAUUAUUAAUAAACAGUGCAAGAUUGGAAAUACGCCAUUGCAUUUAGCGUGUCAAAAUAAUCAAAUAGAUACUAUUGAAAUACUGUUGAAAAAAAACGCAGACAUAAAUUGUUUCAAUCUGAAACUACAAACUCCAAUACACAUCGCUGCGGAAAUGGGUCACACGGAUGUUUGCAAACUCCUACUGGCAGCUGGUGCAAAUAUCGAACAGAGAGAGAAAAGCGGGCGAACGCCACUUUAUAUUGCAGCAAGAGGUAGUUUUACCGCAAUCGUCGAUAUGAUUAUAAAAACCGCGAGACUGGGAUUCCCGGAUGCUGCAGUUAGUGAUGAAAACGGUGUAGUUAGAAAAAGAAUGAAUGACGAGCCACGUUGGAGUACAAUUAGCGUUAAUUGCGCAUCGGUAAUAACUGAUCACAUACGUUCUAUAUUGUGGAAAUUAGCUUAUAAACAUCUUGAAUCUGGUGAUUGGAAGAAACUUGCACUUCAUUGGUCAUUUACGCACGAACAAAUUCAAGCUAUUGAACAUCAAUAUAACGGUCCGUCGAGUUACAAAGAGCAUGGACAUCGAAUGCUCAUGAUUUGGACCUCGAAUCUGUCACCUGAUACUCAAAUACACGAACAACUAUAUCAAGCUCUUUGUGCUAUUGAUAAAAAAAAUACUGCAGAUUCGAUUCGAAAAAAAUAUGAAGAAGAUUAUCAACAAGAAAAUAAAAAAAAAUCUGGAAAUAAAGGUUGUCAUCAAUGUACGGUAACGUAAAUCCUUCCAGAGAGACUGAGUUUUAAACACGAAAAAAAUAUAUAAAUUUAAACUUCUUUUUCAACAAAACUACCAAUUUAAAAUAAUCCGCGUAAAAUAAAUG